GGCGGCGGUUGGUCCAGGUACUGCCUGGGAAGCGGCGGCGGAACGCGCAACAAUCCGGCAGGUUGGAGGUCCGAGAUCAUGGCAGCUCCACAGCCCCUGGCACGGCAGCUAGAGCAGCUGCUGGACCCACGGCCGAGCGAGGCAGACCCCGAGGCUGAGCCGGAGGAGGCCACUGCUGCCCGAGUUAUUGACAGAUUUGAUGAGGGUGAAGAUGAUGAUGGUGACCUCUCUCAAGUGGGAAGCAUUAGAAAAAGGGCCUUUGCUUCCCUCUUAGAUACAGACAAACGAUAUUCAGGCAAGGCUACAUCUCGAAAGGCUUUGAAAGAAGACCUUUGGGAACAGCCUCCAUCAGAAUCCUCUGACAGAGAAGCAUCUGAUGAAGAGAGCACAGGGGUAGUGGAAUCUGAUGAGGAACAAAGGAGUUCUGUUAAGGAGGUGGAAUCCAGUGAUGAUGGGGAGAGCAGUUUGGAAGACAAAGGCCAGAAAAAGGGAAGGGAGACCCAGUCUUCAGGCUUUAGUUUCCAGAGCAUCAGUGACUUUGAAAAAUUCACUGAGGGAAUGGAUGACAUUGGCAGCGAUGAAGAGGAAGAAGAAGAAAACAGUAUGGAAGAGGAAACUGAUGAGGAAGGAGAUGGAGAAGAAAUUGAGGAGGCUAUGCCUGAAGACAAGGAUGAUGAUGGGACAUUGAGGACCUUCUCAGGAGGCAAAUUGUCAGAAGAAGUGGAGAAAGGGAGAGCUGUGAAGAACCAAAUAGCACUGUGGGACCAACUCUUGGAAGGAAGGAUCAAACUGCAAAAAGCUCUUCUGACAACCAACCAGCUUCCCCAACAUGAUGUUUUUCCUAGUUUCAAGGACAAGGGCGGGUCAGAAUUUGCCAGUGCCUUGAAAAACAGCCACAAGGCACUCAAAGCAUUGUUAAGGUCAUUGGUGGAUCUUCAGGAGGAACUACUUUACCAAUAUCCAGACACAAAACACCUCAUAGAUGGAACAAAACCUAAAGAGGAAAGUGAAGAAGAAAUCCCUAGUGAGGAAGAGGAAGCCAUGACAGGAGAGUACCAGCAGAGGAGGGGCCCACCCAAGAGAAAAUUGGAAGUGGAUGACUAUCCUGGCUUCAUGGCAAAGCGCUUUGCUGAUUUCACAGUCUACAGGAACCGUACACUUCAGAAAUGGCAUGACAAAACUAGACUGGCUUCUGGCAAGCUGGGGAAGGGUUUUGGUGCUUUUGAGCGUUCAAUCUUGACUCAGAUCGACCAUAUUCUGAUGGACAAAGAGAGAUUACUCCGAAGGACACAAACCAAGCGUUCCGUGUACCGUGUGCUUGGCAGAGCUGAACCAGUAGCUCGGCCUAUUCCUGAGAGUUUGCCAGGGCAGCCGGAAGUAUUGCCUGAAAUCCCUGCCAAUGCUCACCUGAAGGAUUUGGAUGAAGAGAUCUUUGAUGAUGAUGAUUUUUAUCACCAGCUCCUUCGAGAACUCAUAGAACGGAAGACCAGUUCCUUGGAUCCUAAUGAUCAGGUGGCCAUGGGCAGGCAGUGGUUGGCUAUCCAGAAGUUACGAAGUAAAAUUCACAAGAAAGUCGAUAGAAAAGCCAGCAAAGGGAGGAAACUCCGGUAUCAUGUCCUUAGCAAGCUGCUGAGCUUCAUGGCACCUAUUGACCACACUACAAUGAAUGAUGAUGCCAGGUGA